AUGGCAGGUAUUCACACUUAUUUAUUUUCCCCUUUCUCUUUUGUUUUUCUCUGUCUUGUCGAAGGUGAGCAGCCGCGGGUGGGAGUGAGGAUCGGGAGCCCCGCCGAGAUGUCCGUGUGGCUAACUCGGGCCGUCGCCUUGGCUUCGUUGGUGGGCGGCGGCGGCUGGUGGUGGUUGGGGGCGGUGGCCAGCGACGGCACCGAGAGCUACGGCGAGGCGUGCGAGACUCUGUGCUCCUGCCAGGAGAAGGACGGCGUGCUGGUGCUGGGCUGCGAGGACAGCCGGAUCGUCAGCGUGCUGCAGCUCAGUCCGCCUCACUGGCCCCUCUACCACUUGUUCCUCAGCGGCAACCUGCUGAGCCGCCUGCAGCCCGACGAAUUCCUCAACUUCAGCGGCGCCGCCGUGCUCCACCUGGGCGGCAACCGGAUCGAGGAGAUCGAGGCGGGCGCCUUCCGCGGCUUGCACGCUACCCGGCGCCUCCACCUCAACAACAACCGGCUGGAGGGGCUGCGGAGGGACGCUUUCGCCGGCCUGGAGCGCCUCGAGUACCUGCAGCUGGACUACAACUACCUCCGGCGGCUGGAGAGCGGCACCCUGGACAGACUCCCACGCUUGCAGGUCCUCAUCCUCAACGACAACCUACUGGCCGGCCUGCCCGCUGACCUCUUCCGCCACGUCCCCCUCACUCACCUCGACCUGAGGGGUAACCGGCUCCGGGCCCUGCCGCACGCCGGCUUGCUGGAGCACCUGGGCGGCCUGGCCGAGCUCCAGCUGGAGGACAACCCCUGGGACUGCGGUUGCCCGCUGCUGGCCCUCAAGGCUUGGCUGGAGAGCAUCUCGUACACGGCGCUGGUGGGCGAGGUGGUCUGCGAGACCCCUUUCCGCCUGCACGGCCGCGACCUGGGCGAGGUCUCCCGCCAAGAGCUGUGCCCCCGCCGCCCCGGGGGGCUGGACUCGGAUUGGAAGCCGCCUUUCGCCCCUCCUCCCUUGAGCACCCGAGGCUACUUCCACAGCAGCCCGCCUCCGGCGGCCACACCCAACCUCCUCAUCACCUCGUCCCCGUCCAGGUACCAGCCCAAAGGCACCCGCCUGCCCAAGGCUCCCCCCUCCAGGGUGAGGGUCACCACCUCCCGCAGCCCAUUCCUCAAGAUGAAGGAGGAGUUGGAUGAGGAGGAGGAAGAAGGGGAGGGACAAGGCUACCCUUACGGCCCCAUCUUCGCCUACCAGACCAAGCCCCCGGUGCCUCUGGUGUGCCCCCGGCAGUGCAGCUGCAACCUGCAGAUCUCCGAGCUGGGGCUCAAUGUCAACUGCCAGGAGAGGCGGAUCGAGAGGGUCUCCGAGCUGCAACCCAAGCCCUACAACCCCAGGAAGCUGUACCUGAGCGGCAACCGGCUGGUGGCGGUCAGGCGGGGGGACUUCGAGGAAGCUGCCGGCCUGGAGUUGCUGCAUCUGGGCCACAACCGCAUCACGGCGGUGCAGGACGGUGCCUUCUCCAACCUGACCCAGCUGAGGCGCCUCUACCUGAACGGUAACUGCCUGGAGGCGCUGGGGGCGGGCAGCUUCCGCGGGCUGCGCAACCUGCGCUACCUCUACCUGGAGUACAACGCCCUGCGGCGCCUAGGGGCCGGCACCUUGGCGCCGGCUCCUGGCCUCCAGCUGCUCUUCCUGCACCACAACCUGCUCAGGUCCCUGCCGCCGCGCCUCUUCGCCGGCCUCAACCUGACCCGGCUCAGCCUGCGGGGUAAUCGCUUCGCCUCGCUGCCCGUCGCCGGCCUUCUCGACCAGCUCGCCUCCCUCAUCCAGAUCGAGCUGGACGAGAAUCCCUGGGAGUGCGGCUGCCCGCUGCUGGGCAUGAAGCGCUGGCUGGAGCGCCUGGGUCCCGGAGCUCUGGUCCGCCGCCUCAGCUGCCAGUCCCCCAAGCACUUGGCCGGCCAAGACCUGGCCUCACUCCGCUCCGACCUCAUCUGCCCGGACCACUCCGACGAGGUGGCUCUCUCCACUCCCUCGCUGCUGCUCCCCGCCCCGCCUGGCCCGGCGGCCGCUCGGCCCCUCGCCACGGCUGGCCCGGCCACACCGUUCCCGGACACGGGCUCGGUGGUGCCCCUGUCGGUGCUCAUCCUCAGCCUGCUGCUGGUAUUCCUGGCGUCGGUGUUCGUGGCGGCCGGCCUCUUCGUCGUGGUGAUGAAGCGGCGCAAGCGGGCGCAGAGCGAGCGCACGAGCGCCAACAAUUCCGACGUGAGUUCCUUCAACCUGCAGUACAGCGUCUACAGCCACGGGCCGGCGCCCAAAGCCAAGAGCCCCGCCGGCCACGUCUACGAGUACAUCCCCCACCCUCUGGGCCACAUGUGCAAGAACCCCAUUUACAGGUCUCGAGAGGGCAACUCGGUGGACGAUUACAGGGACUUACACGAGCUCAAGGUCACCUACCGAAACCCGGUGGACGAGGAGCGAGAGAACCAGUUGAGGAGCCCCUCGUAUAGCAUCAGCACCAUCGAGCCCCACGAGCAGGUCUCUCCAGUUCAAGAUGUGGACCAUUUCUACCGUGGCAUUUUAGAGCCGGGCAAACAGUCGCCCACUGGCAACAGUGUUGAAUAUAAAUUUGGUAGUCCACCAAACUAUAAUUAUUCACCGAACUAUGAAGUAAGACGCCAGUAUUUACAUCCGGAGAGGAUGAGGGAGACGGUGCUGUACGGAGCACCCAGUAAUGUAUAUGCCGAGCAAAUUAGAAAUGAUUACCUGGAACUGAAAGCAAAGCUUCACAUCGAGCCGGACUACCUCGAAGUUCUCGAAAAACAGACAACAUGCAGUCAGUUCUAAGCCACAGAGUUGUUUAUAUACAGUAUUUAUUUCUAAUUAUCUGAAAUUCGGUUGUUUUAUUUUCUUGUUUACUUUUCAUUCCACACACUAGUUUGAGGGUAAGUGUCAAGGCCACCAGAUAAUCACCUUGAAAGGAGUUUUCAGCCAGGGGUGUGCAUCAUAACUCUCAGCUCCACUGAAACACUGGAGUUUGCUAGGAUCAGAGGACCCCAAACUGAAGAUUUUCCUCGUGAUAUUCUGACAAUAGGCAUAAGUAAACGUAUUGGGUUUCAUUGCCCUAGACGGGAACUUUAUAGUCUUUCUUGCAUUCUUAACUUGCCCAUAUCUGGAAGUAUUUUUUUAAUUCACUAAAUUUGCAUCAUAUUGUUAGUAAAUUGCAGUUUCUUCAUGUGUACCUCAAGCCAGGUAUUUUAGUUACAAAAUAGACCGAUAUAAUACUUAAUACUUUUUAGUCACACAAAAAAUCACCGGGUAGUUACCUCUCCAACCAAAAUAUUUUGCUUAUUCCUAGAUGACAUCAGAAAUAUCGCAUGUUGUACAAAAAUGCAUCAGUACAUUUUUGCAGUUUUGCAACAUGACUCAACACCUGAUGCAGUGGAUCAAAGUGUGUCAUAGGUGUUGUCAAUGCACAGUUUGGAUUUGGUUCUAGCUUCAGCAGUCUUUAUAAUUAGAGUCAAAAUGGUCCUUCAUUGAACUUCACGAGGCUAGCACACCCCUAAUUUUAGUAUGGAGCUCUUAUUCUUAAAAUGGAUGUCUUUGUAUGCAUUCUGCACUUUUAAAUUAGAAAGAAACCUGAGGUCUUUAAUAUUCAUCUCAGAAUUGCACAAUUGAGUGUGUGCACUGGGGCCACGCAGGGCUAUCUGUUGGAUUGUACAAAUCUGUAUGUAAUGUCUGUACCCUUGUAAAAAAAACUCAACGGGGAAGUUAUAUUACACCACUGGGUGUUCAAA